AUGCUCACCACUAUACCACCAACGCUGCACAGCCGGGCCGCCCCCGGACGCCGGCCCAGGCUCCGCACCAGCGCCUCCUCGCCCUCUCGCCACCGCCUCCGCCGCCUGCCGCAGCCCUGCCCCGACGUGCCGGCCGGCCGCAGCUCUGCGCCGUCGCGGGCGCCACCAGCGGCCGCCCGGCGCCCCACCCGCGCCACCCCCACGCAGCCCUGGCUGCUCCGCAGGCACGACCGCCCGCCGCCUCCGCCGCCCGCCUCUGGGGGGCGCUCUCGCCGCCCUGCGGCUCCCGGGCCCUCGGCUGCCCCCCGGCAGCCGGGCAGCUGUCCGUCGCGUGAGCGAGGAGCCCGUGGCGGCCAGCCUCCCGUCAGGAGGUCCCGGCUGGGCUGGGCCGAGCCCGCACGCGCCAGGGCGCCAGGGCGCCAGGGCCGACGAGGAAGGGCAGGGGGUGCGGGGGGUCGGGUCGACGGCGGGCAGGACGGGCCCCCGCGGUCGCCCCGCGCCUCUGGCCGCACGGGGCCGGGCGGAGGCACGAGGGAGGAGAAGGAGGACAAGGAGGAGAAGGAGGAGAAGGAGGGCCCUGGGGGCCGGCGUACGUUUGGGCAGCGCGGCGGCGGCGCCCGCGACCAAAAGAGGGCGUGUCUCGCCUCCCCGUCGGGGAAUCGAACCCCGGUCUCCCGCGUGACAGGCGGGGAUACUCACCACUAUACUAACGAGGACGGCGGCGGCGGCCGCCCGGGCGCCCGACCCCUCUCCGCCCGCCCGCCCCCCGCCGGCCUGCCUGCCUGCCCACGCCCACCCGGGCCCUCGACGUCCCGCGCGCCCGUCCUGCCAGGCGCCCGCCACGUGCCCCGGGCCACGGCCCACCCGGCCCGACCCCCCGGCCGCCGCGUCAGCGCGCACAGCAGUCCCCCGGCCCGACUCGGAGCGUCGCGCCCCCGGACCCGCCGCCGCCCCCGCCCCCCCAGCCGCGCGGGGAUGGCGGCGGGAGAAGACGCCCGACACGGCAAGCAGGGCUGCGCGAGCGAGCCGGAGGCCCCGCGCCGGGGAUGGGCCGCGGCGGGCGGCGGGGGCGGCGGGGGCCGGACGCCGGCAGCAGGGUGCGCGCCCCGGGAAGGGGAGGGGGCGGCGGCGAGGACCGCGGGAGGGCGACGGCGGCGGGCGGAGCGAGUCGUCGGGCCGUCGUCCGUCGCGCACGGCGCCAGUCGUCGCGCCGGGACCGUCGCCGUCCGUCCGCCGCGCGAGUCGUCCGUCCGUCGUCCGUCCGUCCGUCGCGCACCCACACGGCCGCCAGCCAGCUCCGGGGUCGGCGCCGGGUCCCAGCCAGGCGAGCGGCGGCGCGCCCAGGCCCGCCGUGGAUGGCCGAGCGGUCUAAGGCGCUGCGUUCAGGUCGCAGUCUCCCCUGGAGGCGUGGGUUCGAAUCCCACCCUGACACGCCCACCUUUUGGCCCGCCCAACGCGGGCUCUCCGCACCCGGGCCUGGACGACGCCCUGUCUGUCCCGCCUUACACGCCGCUGCGGGCUGCGGGCCGGGCUGCGGGCUGCGGCUGGCGGCGCCCUGGCACACGUGCCCGGGACCCACGCAGCUGCAGCGCCUCGGCCCUCCCGGCCACAGGCUUGGCGCCCCCGCGCCCUCCUCCGCCACCUCCCGCCUCUCCCUCCUUCAUCCCACGGCGGCCGGGCGGCUCGGCAAUCGGCAAGUCGGCGGCACGGCUCUCCGGGGGCUCCGUUUGCCCUCUUCCUUCCCGCCGCCGCCCCCUGCAGGCCAGCCGCGGGCCGAAAUGCCGGCAGCCCCGCGCGGGCCGGGCCACGCUCCCACUGAGGGGCGCCUCGCUCGCCUCCUCGCUCUCCCAGCCCCGCCCUACACCUCCCCCGCCCGCCCGCCGGGAGCGCGGGGUCCCCACGGCCUGUCCUUUCCGCCGGCCCCCAUUCAUUCCGUGGUCUCCACCCUCCGUCCCGGGGCGCCCGAGGCGUGGCCACCCGGAGGCCUCACCACGGCCACACGCCCGCAGGCGGGCAGCCGAGCCCUCGCGCGCCAGCAGAGACGGGACCACCCAGGCCCCAGUUCGCUGGGCCUGGCCCGGGGGGGAGGGGUGGGGUCCACCCCGCCCGUGGUUUGGCUCCCGGGGAGCCCCUGAGCGCAAGGCAGCCCUGCCUCCCGGGCCCCAUCCGCGCGGAAGCCGCUGCGGGGCCGGGGGGCUCCAGGACGCCAGCGCGCUCCCUCACCGCGCCGCCCGCCAGCCAGCAGCCGGCGGCCGCUCCGCCCAAGCGCACCUGGCCGGCCUCACCCCCACCGCAGCCCAGCCGGCCCCCGACGGAGAGCUGCGGGCAGAGCUCACACCGCCUUUCUUUGGCCUCUUGGCUUGGGCGCUACUCGGCGGGCCCCCAUCUCCGACGACGACACCGACGACCGACACACACGCGCACCCACACCCCCCCCCCCCCCCCGCGGCACCCCGGGAGCGCACACAAUCCGAGCUCCGGGCCCCAGCCGGCCCCGCCGGCGCGCACUGCACGGGCCGGAGAGCCAUCCGCCCAUGGGCCUUCGGGGGGGCGCCGGGAGGGAAGGGAAGGUCCGCGCUGAGCUGCGCCGGCCACGACGCCCCGCUGCCUGGGAAUCGGGCGCGGGUCAGGCUUGGCCAGGCUGCUCCUCCCGGCAGGACAGUGUCUGGCGGCGGCCCCGCCCCAGGGAGAGGGCGCAGGGUGAGCCGAGUCCGCCUCGGGGCCUCGCUGGGACCGUGGGCGCCGCGCGCCGGCCCGAGCCCGAGCCCGAGCCCGAGCCCGAGCCCUCGGCGCAUCUGCACGGGCGCGGAGCCUGUCUUGCAGACCGCGGGCCCGCCGCCCCCCCCGCGCAGCGGGUGCUCACCACUGGCCGUGCCGGGACGACGACGAGCGCCGCUGGGGAAGCCGUCUGGUGGCCGCCGCCACCGGUGCAUGGGUGGUUCAGUGGUAGAAAUUCUCGCCUGCACGGCGGGAGGCCCCGGGUUCGAUUCCCGGCACAUGCAGCGCGCCGCCCCCCUUUUGGCCGGCGCGCGCCCGGACUUCCUCGCGCACGCGCUCAAGCCACAGGGCUCUGAGCCUGAACCAGCUGUGCUCACGCCGGGGGCCCCUGCCCCUCCUGCCCCCCGGCCCCCGCUUCCCCCUUGA